AUGUCAAUAGAUAAAACUAAAAGAAUUGGACGAUGGUAUUUUGGAGGUUUAGCCAGUGCCGGGGCUGCAUGUUGCACUCACCCCUUAGACUUGCUGAAGGUUCAUCUACAGACACAACAGAAAGAGAAGAUAACUCUAGUACGAAUGGGAAUCAAGGUGGUGAAAUCUGACGGUAUAUUUGGUUUAUAUAAUGGUUUAACAGCUUCUAUUUUACGACAGUUGACCUACUCUAUGACCAGGUUUGCUAUUUAUGAAACAGUCAAAAAGGAAUUAGUAAAAGACAAUCAACCAAUGCCAUUCUACCAGAAAGUCUGUCUUGCAGGAUUUGCUGGUGCCACUGGAGGUUUAGUUGGAACACCAGCUGAUAUGGUUAACGUCAGAAUGCAAAAUGAUAUAAAACUAUCCCCUGAUAAAAGAAGGAAUUAUAAACAUGCUAUAGAUGGUUUAUAUCGUGUAUUUAAAGAAGAAGGGUUUUUACGAUUAUUUUCCGGAGCCUCGACUGCCAGUUCGCGAGCUGUUUUAGUUACUAUAGGACAGCUAGCUUGUUAUGAUCAGAUUAAAAUGUUAUUAUUAAAUUCUGGUAUAUUCCAUGAUAAUUUAGUUACUCACUUCUCCUCUAGCAUAAUGGCUGGUACCAUAGCAACAUUUUUAACUCAACCAUUAGAUGUUAUGAAGACUAGAUUAAUGAAUGCUCCAGUCGGGGCCUAUUCUGGUUUAGUAUCCUGUGCUGUUGAUAUCGGUAAAAACGGUCCACUAGGGUUUUAUAAGGGUUUUAUUCCGGCGUUUAUUCGUCUCGGACCACAGACUGUUAUAACAUUUAUACUGUUUGAACAGAUACGACUUCAGUUUGGUGACGACCCAAAAACUUAAUAUUACAAUGUUUUACAUAGUGUUAUAUAAUACAUAGUUCUAUUUUCAUUUUUAUCAGUAUUUAUUUCUACGCAAUAUACAAAUUAUAUUUUAGGAAAUGACGUUAAAUGUUUGCUUUACUAAAUAG